AUACUUAGUAUUUCAAGAUUAAUUAUAGUAUAAAAUAAUGUUAACAUCAGACCACAUGAUAAAUUUGUAUAUUUAUAGGUACGUGAAUGUGUGAUAUCCAUAUUUAAUACUACAAACGACUCAUCACUCACUAUACGACUACUCCAUUACGCGUUACACUACACCUUGGAGAAAUUAAUUUGAGAUGACGGAAGAAUCGAAAGAAAAUAUCACUUUAAAAUCGUUAAGUGAAGAAGAAUCACAUGAUCAGCUAGAAAUCACAGAGGAAAGUGCAAAUUUAUCCAGUGUAUUCGCAAGGUGGUUGAAACCAACGAGUGUUAGUGAAUUGAAAUUCGUGUCCAAAGACGUUUUAUUGAUACGCGUCGGAAAAACGUUAAUAUUUUAUGACGGGAAUACGCAAAAAGAAGAUAUCCUAAUAAUAGGCAGUAAAUCGACUCCAGGGGGUGGUAGUGAUGAUGAUCUACAUUUAGAAGGUAUUGGGUGCGUCGAUUGCUGUGAUACAGAUUUACUGGCCUUGGCUGAACAUCCACCAAUAUCUAAGGUGGUAAUCUGUUUAUAUCCUGACCUAAAAGUGUUGGCGACUCUUGUUGAUAGUAGCUGCUCUGCACCAUACAAGUCUAUACUGUUUCUGAGGUUGGAAUAUUUAAUCGGCUUGCGCGAUUACCCGGCAUUCGAUUUGAUCGUGUGGGCGUGGAGAAUAGGAGAAAAACUGUUGGUCGUCGACACCGGAUUCAUUCAGCCGAACCAAUAUCUAAAGUAAAAGCACGCUUCGUCUGCUUGGUGUGCCAAAUGC